AUGUUGAAGCUGCACUUCUCCGUGACGGAGGAUGAGGCCACGCUCUUAACGGUGAUGACCACGGGCCUGGCCACGGAGGUGGAGGUGCCGCGGGGCAAGGACGUGGGCUUUGCCAAGAACCGCGCCAUUGACAAGCUGUGGCCCAGCAUCCCCUUCUGCCACGCGGUGGCAGCGCUCUCCAAUCUUCGCAUCUUCGACGACCAGGGCGAGGAGCUCAACGACGGCGACGCCUGCAGCGCCCUCUCCGAGGGGCAGCACCUGCGGCUGAGCGCGGCGCCGCCCGGGCCGCGCGGGGUGUCCGCCGGGCCCGUGAGCGCUGGGGCGCAGGUGUUCGCCAGCACGGUGAGCGCGGUGGGGCGGCACAAGCUAGGCCUGGAUGCGGCCGGGUGCGGGGCUCCUAGUGAGGAAGAGUUGAUGAAGCUACCCUUGAAGGAGCUCAAGGCGCGGCUGGCGGCCAGUGGCUUAUCCGCUGAGGGUUGUUUGGAGAAAGCCGAUCUGGUCUUUGAACACCCAACCACCGCCGAUGACAGCGGACUAGCCGCCUGCGCUCCGGUGCCACAGGUGGAGACGCAGCAGAAGAAGGUCGGCGCCUUCAAUGCGCUCUUCGCUGUGGGCGCGCUCUUGGGCCUCAAAAAGUGGGAAAGUGGGAGGUUCUUGCCCGCCCUGGGCGACAGCGAGUCUGGCGCCGUCUUGGCCGAAUUCGUGUCCGGCACGCGGAAGGUGCCGAUUGAGACCUUCUUCAUCGACAGCAGAAGUGCAGCCUUCCUGCAGGCUGCUCCCGAAGGGAAACAGCUGUGUGAGCCGGGGGCCCAAAUGAGGAAGAUCCAUUUCCUCGGCGGCCUCGGGGUGCGGGAGCUCCACGGCUUGCGCGUCGCCUACCUCUCCGGGGGCCGCGCUGUCCAGCGGCCUACGGCGGCCUCGCGCAGUUCCUUCAUGGGUACCGCAGGCCUGGCCAUGGGUCCGGUGCUUCUCCUCUCGGGGGACAUCGUCACGCUUGGGGCUGGCCGUGGCGGUGAUGGGACGCCGCUGGGCAGUGUCCGUGCACCGCACGGCUGGGUCGAGGGCCAUGCGUGUUUGGGCCUCUGGAAGCGCCUCACCAGCCGUAGGGGUCGGAUGGGCAGAGCUGCGAGCGCCAGUGACCUGGGUGUGGACAUCACUCAAGAGGAGGUCGAACUGACCUCGCACUAUGGACGUUUGGAACUCAUCGCGUUGACCCCGGCGGCGGUGCGGCGGGCGGAGCGCGUGCCGACGGUGCUGGUGAAUGUGGGAUGCUACUACACGCUGGCGGACACCUUGGUGGCGGUCGAGGGCCCGCGAUACGUGGCGCAGGGCUAUGCCUACGUGUUAUGGCGGGCCUCAGGGCCUUUGGAAGAGGUUGCGGAUCUGGUCUUCCAACGCUGGCGUGCGGAUGCGGCCGUGGUGUUGGAUUGGCUGGGCCAGCAAAGUUGGUGUGAUGGCCGGGUGGGCUGCCAUGGCUACAGUUUGCUGGGCAACACCUCCUACGCCACACUGGCGGCGUCGCAUGCGCCCGACGCUCCCGCCGAGCGUCCCCUGGUGCGUGCCGCGGUGCCUGCCAUCUCCUUCUCACGCAUUCAGCCCACGGUCUUCGUGCGGGGCCAAAGCCUUGCCGCUGAGCUGGCAUUGCGCUUCCUAUGGCUCGCCGAGAAGGGCCUCUGCCAGGACAUCAUCCUGGACAUUCUCCGAACGCUUGGCAUGCCAAAGAAGCAAGCUGAGAACAUGGCGAAGGACCCAUGCAACGCGCCCGGGUUGACUUGCAAUUUCAAUGGUGCGGUCUAUGCUGUUUAUUUGGAUGGCCAUGAUUUGCGCGGACACCUCCCUCAGCAGCUCAACCAGCUCCACUCCCUGUGGAUACUGUCCCUUGCCCACAACCAGCUGAGUGGCGAAAUUCCCAAGGAACUCAGCCUGCUGCAGUCUCUGGAGCAUCUACACAUUCAUGACAACCAGGUGACUGGUGAAAUCCCCAAGGUGCUCAGCCAGCUCCAGUCACUGCAGGUUUUAAACCUUGCGCAAAACCAGCUCAGCGGCCGAAUUCCUAAGGAGCUUGGCCAGAUGAAGUGGUUGAGGUUGCUCUCCCUUGCCCAAAACCAACUCGACGGCGAUUUGAGGGAGAUCGCUUUCAACAACACGAACCUGGAGAGUCUUGACCUGAGCUUCAAUUUAUUGAGUGGUGAGCCGAGGAUGCGUUUGCCCCUCGCUAAGCUUAAAGGACUUGAUUUGAGCCACAACGAGCUUGCCGGGGACAUCUUAAGAUUUAUCGAGCCUUUCUGCAGUACGAGCCCUCCCGGAAUGUCAUUGCAGCAGCUGCGACUAAACCACAACAAGCUCAGCGGUGAGCUGCCUCCAUGCUUGAUGCAGUUAAAGAAUUUGCAGCUCCUGGCUCUUAACAACAAUUGCUUCUCCGGAGCAAUUCCAGAAGUCCAGGCGCCCGAGCUGGUGGUGUUGGUUCUCCACAAGAAUGCGUUUACAGGGAAGUUGCCAAACGGGCUGGAAACUCUGGGGCGCUUGGGAGUCUUGACGGUGCACGAGAAUAUGCUUGCAGGCGCGAUUCCACAAUUGAGCCUCACCACCCCAUGCAUUGACAAUCCGCGGUUCAAUGUCCAAGGAUGGAGUUGCAGCCUUCUAAGCAGCAAUUGGGCUACAUGCCACGAAUCAUAUCUCAAAUCGUUUCUCCGCAUCCUCGUCGGCCCCCAUGGUUUUCAGCAAGUGGUGAGGAAUUGCCCUAGAUGGUGCAAGGCUUGCCCAAACGGAACGGCAAACAUGACGCUUCACAGGAACCGCCUGUCAGGCAACAUCCCAACUAGCGUAACUAGCAUCGACAGGACUGAGGUCUUAGGCCUUUGCAUCAUGGGAAACAUGCUCGGGAACGGGCGAGAAGUCAACUCAUCAUGGAUACUGACUGAAGAGAAGCAGCCCUUCCUUUACUAUUCGCCGAAGGUGUGGAGCUCUCACAUUCAACUGUUGAGUGGUAUGUGCGUCUUGCUCUUUGGCAUGGCGGUUUUCAGCUGUCCACUUGGCCGAAAGUACCUCCAGACACAUCGCAGCUUGUGCAUAGGGCAGGCAGUUUGGGUGGUGGCCUCCAAUGUGGCAGUGUUGAAAGCUGCGGGGAGUGCUUUUGUACUGGCGUGCCCGCUCUUACUUUUCUUCUGGCGAAACGCUCGCUACUAUGCCGCUGCGCCACCCUUGUGGAACAUAACUGCUGCCAAUUUUGAAGCAGACCAAGGGGUGGACUCUGUUAUAGUCGCCUGUUGGUGCGUGAUGGCAUUCUUUUUUCGCUCUGUGGUUGCAAGCAUGCCCAAGCGUCCAUCUUCGCACGCCACUGCUUUGGCCAAAGCAAGCGCCCAAAAGCGACUUCUAAGAGUUGUGGCUUGGGUAUGUUGGUUCGUUAUUGUGUUCAUUUUUUCAUUGCCGUCCAUUCUCUUUGCUUUCUCCCAAUCUUUGCCUGCACACAACUUACUUCCGGUGAGUGAUCUUGUCUUGCAAUGGUUCAACAGUCUUGCUCCUUAUCUCAAUGUGCUCAUUGACAUGGUCUUCUCGGCCCCGGUCUCGGCCAAGUAUGCAGCCGCCACAGGCAUCAAAGCAGAUCGUCUACUGAUGACUUUUCGUCUCUUUUCCGCUUGGUUUGUGGCGCUGCUUACAACAUUUGCAUUGGAUGAGAACUGCUUAUCAGGCUGGAAAUGGACUUGGACUGUGUGCCAGCCAGGAUCUGCCAACCACCAGAACUUUAACUGGGAAGUCUUUGGCGAAGAAAUUUUGAACACUGACAAGGACAUUUGUGGGUCCAGUGAUAGCUGGUGGUCAGACGGUCGUUGUAGCCGGGCCAUUGUAGGGAACUUGACGCCCUUCCUUCUCAAAAAGCUCAUGGUUCGAGCAACCGUCCAACCCUUGAUGCAAUUGCUUCUGUGGCACUUUUCAACGCUGGAUGAAGAAAGAGGCAGCUGUCAGGGAAGACAUUUGAAGCUCUUUGGUCAGAGGAUGACUGGGUCCCUGGAACCUUUACAGCAACUGUCGCUGCUGACUACACAAGUGGAACUUCUCAUUUUCUGGACUCCAUUUGUUCCUCUACUGAGCUUCGCAAUAUUUGCGGUGGCUUUGGCAAAUCUCUUCAUAUUCGAUGCUGGGUUGUGGAACUUCCGAGUGGCUCUGCCAACGGAUGACAUGAACAGCAGGGCUGCCAUAUCAACGUCGUAUUUACGAUUUGCUCUUUGGUCCGGCUCCUCCUUUCAAUUAUGGUACGCCUUCGGCACCAAGUUGUUUGGUCGAUUUGCGUUGCUGGCAGUUCACAUCGCUUUCAUCGGACCAUGGGCAAAGCACUUUCUGCCUUUGGACCUGGCCAGACGUCACUUCUGGACAGAGCAUCAAACUGCCAGCGAUGUGGUGAUCGAGAUGACCAUUCAGAAUGACCAGGAACUAAAUAAUUCAUGA